AGAGGAGAGAGAAAGGGAGUCCCUUCCUCAGAGCUUCUCUCAAUCAUUCUCUCUUCUCUUCUUCCUCCAAUCAUAUAUUUCUCUCACUCUUCUCUCUUUCUCCCUCACUAUUUCCGGCGAGGGAGCACCCAGUAGAGGAGUAGAAGAAACAAAGAAUCUCUCUUCUUACGUGAAUUUCCCUCCUUCUGUCUCUCGAUCACGACGAGAUUUCCUUUGAAUCUCUCGAAAAUCCAUCUGUAAUGGCGUUCUUUCGACUGUUCGUCCUCCCAAUUUAGGGUUUCAUUAACUGAAUUCUUGAUUUUUCUGUACUGAUUCCUUUAGCCUGUCCCGGAGCUUGGAGUCCGAGGGGUUGCUCACGAGUGAUCCAUUGGGGAAGUCAGUGGGAUGGAGCAGUCUUCAGAUCAUUCAUUCUCAGGUCCUUCUAAGAUACCAUCAGUAAAUAUUCCUCAAAAAGUGAGAAGUGGUGCAUGGGGGAUUCCAUCUGGAUCUGCUGCAUAUAAUGCCUCAAGUGAUGCUAGCCUCUUUUCAUGCUCAUUACCUGUUCUUCCACAUGAAAAGUUUAACUUUGCAGAUUUGGAACAUGGGGGUCAAUCUGUUGAUGAUGCCUCAUCCACCUUAAAUAAGCUACCUCAAGAUGUGGAAGGUAAGGAUCCUACUGAAGAUGUUGGGUCACAUGCAAUAGGAAGCCUUCUACCUGAUGAUGAAGAUGAACUCUUAGCUGGCAUAAUGGAUGAUUUCGACCUUAGUGGGUUGCCUAGUCAAUUGGAGGACCUAGAAGAUUAUGACCUUUUUGGAAGUGGAGGGGGUAUGGAGAUGGAUUUUGAUCCUCAGGAGAGUCUCAGUAUGGGUAUGUCAAAGGUAAACUUAAAUGAUGGCAUUGCUGGCAAUGGGGCUACUCAGUAUGGUCUUCCGAAUGGUGUUGGAACUGUUGCUGGGGAGCAUCCAUAUGGGGAACAUCCCUCUAGAACACUCUUUGUGCGCAACAUCAAUAGUAAUGUUGAAGAUUCAGAACUGAGAAGUCUGUUUGAGCAAUAUGGUGCUAUAAGGACCCUUUAUACUGCAUGCAAGCAUAGGGGCUUUGUGAUGAUUUCUUAUUAUGACAUCCGGGCUGCUCGGACGGCUAUGCGUGCACUACAAAAUAAGCCCUUGCGACGGAGAAAACUUGACAUUCACUUUUCAAUCCCAAAGGAUAACCCAUCAGAUAAGGAUAUUAAUCAAGGAACUCUUGUAGUUUUCAAUUUGGAUCCAUCCGUUUCAAAUGAUGAUCUCCGUCAGAUUUUUGGGGCUUAUGGGGAAGUUAAAGAGAUCAGGGAGACACCACACAAGCGGCACCAUAAAUUUAUUGAAUUUUAUGAUGUCAGAGCUGCAGAAGCAGCACUUAGGGCAUUAAAUAGGAGUGACAUUGCUGGGAAACGCAUAAAACUUGAACCUAGCCGACCUGGUGGAGCACGCCGGAACUUGAUGCAGCAAUUGAGCCAAGAGCUAGAACAAGAUGAAACUAGGAGUUUUCGACAUCAAGUGGGUUCACCAAUUACUAACUCCCCUCCUGGUAACUGGGCCCAAUUUAGCAGCCCAGUUGAGCAUAGCCCUUUGCAAGGUCUGAGUCAGUCUCCUGGUUUAGGAACAGUUAAUCCUAUGAAUGGCAAUCAUUUGCCUGGCUUAGCUUCCAUUCUGCCUCCUCUUGGAUCAAACUCUAUGAAGAUUGCACCUAUUGGUAAGGACCAGGGACGGGUUACCCAUGUGGACUCUGUAUUUGCCAAUAACAAUUCGACACAUGGAACUGCCUAUCAGCAAUCUCAUUCCUUUCAAGAGCCAACCUUGAGCCCAAGUCCUGGAACUGUUUCUUCUUUUGGUCCAUCAACCUCAAAUGCAUCUGGUAUUGGAACAUUGUCAGGUCCCCAAUUUCUGUGGGGCAAUCACACACCUUACUCAGAACAUACUAACUCUUCUGCAUGGCCAACACCAUCUAUGGGACAUUCAUAUACAUCCAAUGGGCAUGGGCAGGGCUAUCCUUACUCCAGUCGGCAUGGGUCUUUCCUUGGUUCAUCACACCAUCAUCACCAUCAUGUUGGAUCUGCUCCAUCUGGUGUUCCUUUUGAAAGGCAUUUUGGAUAUUUCCCUGAGUCCCCAGAUACAUCCUUCAUGAGCCCAGUGGCUUUUGGAGGCAUGGGUUUAAACCGCAAUGAGGGUUACAUGUUGAAUGUUGGUGCUCGUGCUGCCAUGAAUAGUGGAGUUCCUAUAUCAGGAAACAUUUCAGAAAAUGGUUCACCCAAUUUCAGAAUGAUGUCUUCACCAAGGCUGGGUCCUAUGUUCCUUGGGGGUGGGCCAUAUCCUGGCCCUGGAACCAGCAUAGAGGGUUUGGCAGAACGGGGGCGUAGUCGCCGUGUUGAGAACAAUGGAAACCAGCUAGAUAGCAAGAAGCAAUAUCAGCUAGAUUUGGAUAAGAUCAUUAGUGGAGAAGAUACUCGUACUACCCUAAUGAUCAAGAACAUCCCUAACAAGUACACCUCAAAGAUGCUGCUGGCUGCCAUUGAUGAAAAUCACAGGGGUACCUAUGAUUUUCUCUACUUGCCAAUUGAUUUUAAGAAUAAAUGCAAUGUGGGUUAUGCAUUUAUCAAUAUGGUCUCUCCUUCCCACAUUAUCCCCUUCUAUGAGGCGUUCAAUGGGAAGAAAUGGGAGAAAUUUAAUAGUGAGAAAGUUGCUUCUCUGGCAUAUGCUCGAAUACAGGGUAAGGCAGCCCUUGUUACUCACUUCCAGAAUUCAAGCUUGAUGAAUGAAGACAAACGGUGUCGUCCAAUUCUAUUCCAUUCAGAGGGCUCAGAUGGUGAUCAGAUCAUCCAAGAACCGUUCCCAUCCAAUACUAUGAAUAUCCGUAUCCGUCAGCCAGAUGGUUCUUACUUGGGGGAUUCACCAGAAAGCCCUCCAAAGGGUAGCUUGGCUGAGAAACUAGAGAAGAGUUAACACUAAACACGUAGAAGGCAGCUUGCUCUCAACUCAAAUGAGAUGAUAGCGAUGAGUUCUAACUGUUGCGUAGAUAUUUCAAGUGUAUAAAAUUGGCAAGAGAAAACCCAGAAAAAAAAAAGCAAAAAAUAUUGUUAAUGUCUGUAUCAUAGGCAUUUUCCACUAUUUGAGCGAAGUUUGUGCCCAGAGCAAUUCACAACUCACAAGAAAUGCUUUGAAGGAAGAAGCAGAGGGAGUGUUUUAUUUGUGUAGAGUCACAGAUUGAUAUUUAAGGGAAGAGAAUAAGGUGAAGAAGAAGCAUACAGUUGAAAAAGUGUGCAUUCUCUCUGCUGCCAAAUGCACACAUCUCACCAGUUGGUGCAUGACUUCUCUCUUCUUUUUUUGUCUAGUCAUUGUAAUGUCGGGGAUGGGGUUGGAUUAUAUUUGCAAAUAUGAAUACGGUGUCUAUAUGGGGGGUACAUUUUGUAUUGAAGUUGAAAUUUUUAGGGGCGGUGAAAGGGGCUGUUAGUAAAAUUGUAUAGAGGGGAGAUGGCAGACCCUGCUUUUAUGUUGUGUUCAAUGUUGUUGUCUUUUGAACUGUGGCAAAUUUGUAUUUAACGAGACAUUCGAUUCUGUACAGAUCGUGCAUCAGAUUUUAUUGCA